GUGUGGCAGCUGGUUUGUCGGGAGGAGCUGGUCCUGAGGCGGUUCAUGGAGCCCGGGGAGCCCGGGGAGCGGCUGCUGGAGGUCUUCAAGCCCCGCAGCGAGGCCGAGUCCGUCUGGUUGAAGAACUUCUUCACCUUCAUCUCAGAACACCUGAGCUGUGGCCCCGCCCCCUCCCAGGAAGCAGUGUCCCUCACUGUGUCCGCCAUCCGGAGCAUCCAGAAGACGUUUGGCUCCGCCCACUCUCUACCUGUCAGCUACAGGCCUCUGUCUGUCUCUGAGCUCGUGUCCCAGCAGCACCUGUCCUGCGUCAGUAACCUGUCCUGGAGCACCAAUCAGCAUCGAGCUUGGUGCCGGGAGGCGGAGCUUACAGUCCCGGGACAGACGGCGCUCCGCCGGGUCAACCUGCUCCUGAUUGGCCGUUUGAUGGAGGGGCGGGACGGACAGUGGACACUGAGGGACAGCAGCGGCAGCGUCCAGUGUGAAUGUCUGUCUCCGUCUCCUUUGUGGCUCCACCGUCUUGUCUUCGUCCCUCACUGGCACUACAUCCCCCACAAUGCCGCGGGGCAGGACGGGGACAGAGGCCACGUGGAGCUGAUCGGUCCUCCUGUCCUGCUGAGUGUCCACGCUGCGCCGGGAUUGGCUGCUGGGCCUGGAGGAGGGGCGGGGCCUGGAGGAGGGCCUGGAGGAGGGGCGGGGCCUCCUGGAGCCGUCGGGGUCCGAGAGGCUGUGAAGCUCCUUCAGAACAGGGUCAAAGGUCAGCGGGUGUGUGUGUAUGGCGAGGUGGGCCGGGUCGGCCCCCUGCUGGUCGUCUCCGGGACCACGUUCUUCUGCUGGAGUCUGAGAGACGAGGAGGCGGAGCUACCGGUGCUGCUCAGGGACAGCAGUCGGUUGCCAUGGUUUCCGUGUCUCCACGUUGGACGGCGGGUGUGUGUGACGGAGCUGCGUGUGUGUGUGCUGCGAGGCUGGAGAGGAAACAACAUCCUGUGUGUGACCGAGCGCUCGGAGCUACACACUGACUGCACACACACACACACUGACUACACACACACACACACUGACUACACACACACACACAGUGACUACACACACACACACACCCCUGCACACAGCGACACACACUCGGACUCCCAGUCGGACACGCCCCUCCUGAUGAUGUCACAUGACCCUGCGGGCUGUGAGGAGGCGGAGCCUGAGGAAGACUCUGUCCAAUCAGGAGUGAGGAUGAAGGUGUCCAGAAUCAUCAGUUACCAGGGCACGGUGACGGAGGUGGUCAGUGAGGGGGCGGGGCUCUACGUGUUGGACGGGCGGGUCGGCCUGUGCCUGGCCUAUUGGCCGAGGGGGGGGCGGAGCCUGCGAGCGGGGGACAGGGUGGAGCUGCGCCACGUCCACGUCCUGCUGCGGCCCUGUCCCGACUCGCCUCCCAGCAUGCUUUGCGCCUGCCUGCGCUCCAGCCUCAGGGUCACGGCCUUCGGCGGGGUGGGCGGGGCUUCUCCGUCCUCCCGCUGCCCCGGAGACGGAGCGUUGCCACGGUUACUGCUCCAGACAAACUGUCCCCUGUCCGACUACCUGUGGGCCUGCAGCCUGAGCGCCCGGCUGAUGGACAGUCUGGUCCCGGGCGUCUUGCAGCAGCAGUGUGUCUGUCUUCUGUCCUGGAGACUGAUGGAGACUCUUCGGGGACGGAGAGGACGAGGACGCAGAGACAUUUACUCUGAGAUGUUGGACGAGACUCACACCUGUCCUCUGACUCAGUACAGCGUGGACCCGUCUGUCCAUCAGUACCUGAGUGUCUCGGAGCUCUGUGCGUCCCUGCAGGACGUCUGGUCGUCCACGUCUCUCCGGUCUCUGCUGUCCUCCGAUGGUCCCAACCUGACCCGGUCCCAGAUCAACUCGGCGCUGUCCUGGUCCUGCAGGACUCUGUCCUCUGACCCUCGGGACGGAGACGCUCUCAGGCCCCGCCCCCUGCUGCUGGUGGGGGUCUUGCGGUUCUCCUCUCAGACCUCAGACCUCAGUCUGCAGCUGUCCGACGGGACGGGGGACGUCUCCUGCGUCGUCACGGAAACCGGAGACUCUGAGGGGUCAAAAGGUCAAAGGGCGUUCUCCAACACGGCCUGGAUCGGCUGUCUGGUGUGUGUCCAGCGGUUCUCCAUGGUAACCGAGAGGUUCCUCCAAUCAGAGUUCCCCUCCUUCCAACACCUGGACCAGGACAAGUUCAUCACACACACACACUGCAGGGUCUACCUCCAGUUCUCUCUGGACCACGUCCACAUCUUGAGUCCAUCUGUUGCCAUGGAGACACACCUGAGCCAGAAGGGGGCGGAGUCGGCCGGAGGAGGGGCGGAGCCUUCAGAGAGGAAGAGGAGGAGGACGGGGGAAGACGAGUCACCCGCUGUUGCCGUGACGACACAGCCCUGUGUCUCCAUGGUGAUCGGGGUGGAACAGAAAGAGGGCGUGGCCUGGCGGAACGUGGGGGCGGAGCCAGACACGGAGCAGGCGGGGCUGAGGCUGAGCUUCUCAGUCAGAGCCUCUGUGAUUGGCCCGGUGGUCAGCUGGGGGCGGGACCCCAAGAAUGGACCAAUGACAGAGCGAGAAGCUGAGGAGGAGGGGCGGGGCAAGGUUCUGCUGGUGUUCUCCGGCGGCUCCACCCGCUGGUUCUCCGUCAUUCAGCCCGGAAGCUUCUACAGACUGGUGGUCGUCAGCUGUCAGGAUCCCAGCGUUCUGAUUGGCUCUGAGCUCGCUGCUCAGCGGGGGGCGGAGCUUCACGCUGACUCCACCCUGCAGGUGGGCUCUGAUUGGAGGCUGCACACUCUGACACGCCCCCUGCACACCUGCACACAGACUGUCCGUCCCUCCGUCCUCUCCGUCUCUCAGGUUCUGGACUGCAGUUCAGAGCUGGUGUGUUUUCAGGGUCUUGUUUCUGAAAGGAUCAGCCUGAAUGACAGGACCAACACACCUGGACACACACACACAGGCCGUCACACACACUGUGUGUGUUCAGGUGUGCGCCUCACAGUGUGUGACCAAACGGGGCGGAGCCUGCAGGUCUACCUGGACUUAAGCCACGCCCCCUACCCGCCUGGCCUGUUGCCUGGCAACACACUGCUGCUGUCUGCCUUCCAGAGGAGGCUGUCCAGGGCUGGCAGUGUGUACUGUAGCUCUCUACCUGUCAGUUCCAUCACCGUGCUCUCAGUGGGAGACUCCAGCUGGCCCCGCCCCCCUCCUCCUCCCAUGAUGCAUCUGGGUCGCUGGGCCCUCAGAGAGGAGCAGCGCUGCCCUGUGGCUCGGGUCAAAGGUCACCUGGUGUGUUUCCUGUUCCUGGAGCUGCAGUGGAGCUGCUCACUGUGUGACAGUGUGUACACGCAGACCUGCAGUGGUUCUCGGUGUGGCUCCUCCUCCUCGGUGUUUCAGUCCAAAGCAAAGGUGGUGGUGGACGACGGGACGGGCGAGGCUCACGUUUGGUUCUCCGGUGUUCUGGUUGGUUCUCUGCUGGGAUUGGCUGCUGCUCAGUGGGCGGGGCUUCAGAGGGCGCUGAGGGUCAAAGGUCACAUCAGAGUCUUUCCACGGGGGCGGAGCCUGGUGACAGACGCUGAGUCCUCAGACGUCCUCCUCCACUUCCUGUCCUCGGUCUGCAGCUCUGACCUCGUCCUUCGUCCCGUCGUCCUCACCUGCAGGAGACAGACCAAUCAGAGAGCAGAAGAGCGGAGGACGUUCAGCCGGGCAGACAGAGACUUUGUGACGAGACUCGUCCGUCCUCUGCAGCUCACCUGUCUCCAGCUGCACUCGUCCUGUCUGAGGACCUGAAGGAGGACUGCAGGAGGACCAGGAGGACCGUCUCUGUUGCCGUGGUUACACACCCCGGUUGUCCACUGCUCUGUCUCUGUGAGACAAUCUGAAAUAAACUAAGACA